UAGCCGCAUGGAAAGGUUCACUACGAAGCUUCCUGGAAGUUGCCAUGGCAGUGCCUACACUCCCACCAUUUAACCCCUCAUCCCGUCCUCUCUUCUUCCCAUCCUUUCCCUUCUCUCUCCUUCUUCUUCCUCUCACUCUUCUCGCUUUCUCUCUCUCCAACCUCUUUUCCCCUCUGGGUUUUCAUUUUCGGUCAUGAAGCUCAUCAAAAUCAGCUCCAAAAGUCUCAGCCCGAAACACCUCUUCCGGUCCAAGAAGGACCGAUCCGCGGUGUCCCGCCGCUCCUCCGACCCACCAUCGUUCGGGUCCGGAACGGCGUCGUCGUCGUCUUCGUCCUCCUCGUCCUCGGACUCCCUCCACAAGCCCGGAACCGGAGCCGAAGCUGGUGGUAUCCGGACGCCGACGAGCGUUUUGCCCGAAAGAUCGGGCGACUGGUCCGAUUUCUCGACCGAUCUGCAGCUCGACAUGGCUCAGGCGUUUAAGCUCAUAGACCGAGACAACGACGGAGUGGUCUCGAGAAAAGAGCUGGAGGCUCUGCUAAGCCGGCUUGGAGCCGACCCGCCGAGCCAAGAAGAGGUGAUGUUGAUGCUGAGCGAGGUGGACCGAGAAGGCAACGGUUCGAUAACCCUCGAUGCACUGUUGAACCGGGUCGGCCCAGUUUGCGGUCCGGCCGCGGACUCGGAGCUGCGCGAUGCUUUCAAGGUCUUUGACUCGGAUCACGACGGCAAAAUAUCGGCCGAGGAGCUUUUCAACGUUUUUACGGCGAUAGGGGACGACCGGUGCACCUUAGAGGACUGCCGGCGCAUGAUAGCGGGGGUAGAUAAGAACGGGGACGGGUUCGUGUGCUUCGAGGACUUUGCUCGUAUGAUGGAACUGCAGAGAUGAUGAUGACGUUGCUCCUGAUUUUAGCGAGUCAUAAAAAGUCCUUUGGCUUGGUUUUUUAUCUUUUUAAUUUCGGUUGGGAUAAUGCAUGUAUGGUUUUUCACGGUACCUUGUUGAAUAUAUCAGAGGAUCUGACGGCUUGGAUUGAUUGUUCUCAAGCUUUAAAAA